GAUGCAUGAAAAAGUACCUAUACUCUUUUCGUUGCAUAUAGUCAUUUUAUUACUUUUUACUGAAUUGUUUCCAGAUCAUAUGAUACUUUAGAUAGGUGAUAUAGUGACAUAUGCUAAAAAUGUCCUUAUAUAGAUAAUAUUAUGCCAACUGAUUAAAGAUUAACAUUUUCACCAUACUAUUCCUUUUUUAAAGGCUCACAGAUUAUCUACCGUCAAAGCAUACUAGUACUUCACAAGAAACGAAACGGGAAAAGGAAAAUUUCCUAAUCCUGAUUUAUCACAAUAAAUACAUACGUAUACAUCACAAUUUAUUUUGUGUACGCAAUUGAACACAGAAAAGAUGCUUUUGAUGACUACUGUUCUCUUACUUCCAAUUCACUAUGUUUCUUCGUUUUUCAAUUGUUUAUACGGAGGCGAAACCUAUGCUCCAUGUGAAGUUCGCUCAACUCCGUGGAUUGACUGUGAUGGAACAGCAAACUGUCCCCAAGGGUACCAGAUGAGAUUUAAUAGGGUUUGUUGCCCCUCUAAAAGCAGGAAUGAAUCAACAGAGAGCAUUAAACUGAAUUGUUUAACUAAAUGUAACUUUACAAAGGACAUCUUUUCUUUUUACACCAGAGAAAUCCACCAAAAGAAGCCCAGUGUUGUUGAAACCAUGACAUCGUCAAUGAUAAGUUCCGAAAUAGAUGAGAAACAAACCAGUGUAUCACCGUUUCGAGUAGGAUCAAGGUAUGAAAAUGUGACGUCAGAUAUCACGUCAUCAGCAGGGACAGAAACUGAGCAAUCAACGCCAGCUUUCUUGUUGCCGGAAAGAUCAGAAAAUCUAGCCUCUUUCCCAACAACAGAAUCACAAGCGUCAACUUCACUUUUAUAUAGUGGACCAGGGCAGGAGAUAUCCGUGUCUGCUAAUAGUCCAACAUCGGUGUCGGCCAAUAAAGCAAACGUUUACACUAUACAAAAACAAACUUCAUCGGAGUUUCCAAAUAUACCAACCUUACAAAGUACAGAAAAACAAACUUUAGAUCAAAGAAUUGAGCAUAAAACAGCAAAUUUAUUACUUCAUUCAACAGCGUCUGCAUUGAAAACUAGAAUGUUAGAUUCUUUACUCAAAACAGAAAUACAGGUACAGCAUAAUAGAACUUCCAGUUUAGUACUUACCAGUAUAUUACUAGGGCGAUUUUUAAAAAGCACAUCAACUCAAACUUCAGCUAGGGUUUUCAAAACCAUUGACCAAGCAUCAUCAACCAUAAGAGUUUCUACAGAAUCAAACUUAUCGGAUUCUUUUUCAACCCUUAAGAACGCACCUUGGUCAGCAAAUUUAGCAGAAAAUGUAACAAUCCAAAUUGUGUCAAAUAAAAAUACGAUGAAAUUGUUUUCAAAACCAAAUGUCUAUCAACCACGUCAAAGUUUGUCGACGACAAAGAUCUUUUCGCUGUCAAAUUUUGGUGUGUCACCAACUCUGAACACAGGAUACAACGACUCCUCAAAUACAACCACGUCUGAUCCAGAGAAGGGAAGUCACCAUUCAAGCUCAAAAGCAACUGAUAUCUUUGAUCUUAUCAUAGUUCUCGUGGUUGUGUCAGCUCUCCUUGCCGUUGUAGUUUGCUUCUCUUUUGUGCUGUUUGGAUGAAGAAAUGCAGCAAAAGACGGAAUCUUAAGCACGAAGUGUUUAGAGAGACUAUGGAUAAUAACAUAUAGUCUGAAAAUUUAAAAAUAGUGAUUAUAUUGAUUGCUGUAACUUUUAAAUUUAAGCUCCCAAAAUGUAUCUAAACGGCAAUUUAUAAUAAUUCAGCAAUUAUGUUUUUA